AUGGCGGAAGUCGCAACGCGGAAAUGCAUGGGGGUGGACUGUGACAAGAACGCAGGCACGUUGCAGUGUCCGACAUGCCUCAAGGCAGGCACGGACAGCUUCUUCUGCUCGCAGGACUGUUUCAAACGGAGUUGGAGCGAACACAAGACUAUUCACAAGAAGACAACCGGCUUGUACAACCCCUUCCCCGCGUUCCAGUUCGCCGGCAACCUGCGCCCUGUCUACCCGCUGUCGGCUCCGCGAACCGUCCCCAAGACCAUCCCCCACCCCGACUACGCCAAGGAUGGCAUUCCUCGUUCCGAGCAGAAGUUCGUCGGCCGCAACAACAUCAAGAUCCUGAGUAAGGAGGAACAGGAGGGCAUGCGCAAGGUGUGCCGCCUUGCCCGUGAGGUCUUGGAUAUCGCUGCCCGGGAGUUGAAGCCCGGUGUUACGACCGAUUACAUUGAUGAGGUGGUUCACAAGGCUUGUCUCGAGCGUGAAUCGUACCCCUCCCCCCUCAACUACUACAACUUCCCCAAGUCGGUCUGCACGUCCAUCAACGAGAUUAUCUGCCACGGUAUCCCCGAUCAGCGCCCCCUCGAGGACGGCGACAUUGUCAACAUUGACGUUACGCUGUACCACAACGGUUUCCACGGAGACAUCAACGAGACCUACUAUGUCGGUGACAAGGCCAAGGCCAACCCUGAUGCGGUGCGCGUGGUGGAGACGGCACGUGAGUGCUUGGACAAGUCCAUUGAGCUGGUGAAGCCGGGCAUGCUGUUCCGCGACCCUGGCAAUGUCAUUGAGAAGCACGCCAAGUCCCGGGACUGUAGUGUGGUCAAGAGCUACUGCGGUCACGGCAUCAACCAGCUGUUCCACUGCGCUCCUAACGUUCCUCACUACGCGAAGAACAAGGCCGUUGGUGUUGCCAAGCCCGGUAUGUGCUUCACGAUCGAGCCUAUGAUCAACCAGGGCACCCACCGCGAUCGUACCUGGCCCGACGACUGGACCAGCUCCACAGCCGAUGGUGGCAUCUCCGCCCAGUUUGAGCACACUCUUUUGGUUACGGAGGACGGUGUUGAGGUGCUGACCGCGCGCUUCCCCGACUCGCCCGGUGGGCCGGUACCCAUCCCGGCUGCUGCGGCAGCAUGA